AUGGCCAGUGAUUGUCCUACUCGUGUCAUCAAAUGCAAGAACUGCCAACAGGAAGGCCACGUCGCUAUCGAUUGCAAGAAUGCCAAGGUCCUUGACAAUGCUCGCGUGGCUGAAAAGAGCGAGAACGAAGCGUGGGCUCUACUUCAGCAAGCCAGCGAGGAGCGUGACAUUGGUGACUUCAAAGAAGCUGUCCAGAUCCUCUCCAAGGCCUGCCCGGACUACAGCUACCCCAAGCUUGAGCAAGAGUUCCGCGCCCGCAACUUCAGCAUCUACCUGAUUGCGAUGGAGAAAGAUCAUGCAGCGGCCGGUAUGGAGACAUGGACCAACGUCAACUUGCAAGGCGACAUCGAAAAGAAAUACGCAGUCAGCUACUUCCUGUCUCACAAGCCUGAGCGUCAGGCACUAGUCGAUCAGUGGCCUGCCUCUCUGGAAGAGAACCUCGCUCGUCUCGCCGAUGCUGGCAUUCCUCUUAACCGUGGCGUUGAGAAGUGCAGCAACUGCAACAAGCUGGGACAUACAACUCGUCGUUGCCCUGACGAGAAGAUGGCCAGUGUCCAACCUGUCGUCGCCUGCUACCUUUGUGGUGAACAAGGUCACCGUGUGCGUGACUGUGCUAUGAAGUGCAAGAGCACCAGUCGUGCCUGCAAGAUCUGCGAGUCCGAAGAUCACAUGGCCAAGGACUGCCCGAACAAGGAAAAGCGGACUUGCCGCAAUUGCGGUGAGGAAGAUCAUAAGGCGGCUGAUUGCCCGAACCCCCGAAAGAUCACAUGCAACAAUUGCGGCGAAGACGGUCACAUACGUGCUGAAUGUCCUCAACCGCGCAAGCCGAUCAACUGGGCUGAGGUCACUUGCAGCAAAUGUCAACAGAAAGGUCACGGACGUGCUCGCUGUCCUGAGGUUGAUCCCACGGAGAAGGGAGGCGUUAGCGGAAGUGGAUUUGAUACAGAAGACAGUGGUGGUACUGGUGACGGCUGGAAUGAUGCCCCCGCCAACGCUGGCUCCGCUCCAGCUGAAUGGGAGAUUGCGCAGCCGAACAAUGCGGCAGCUGGCUUCGCUGACGCCGGUUGGUAA